AGUGCCGCUGAAAGUGGAGCAGGCUAACAACGCCCGGGACGCGCUGGCGAAGGCCGUCUACAGCCGGCUGUUCGACCACGUGGUGACCCGGGUCAACCAGUGCUUCCCCUUCGAGUCCUCCGCAAACUUCAUCGGCGUCCUGGACAUCGCUGGCUUCGAGUACUUUGAACACAACAGCUUCGAGCAGUUCUGCAUCAACUACUGUAACGAGAAGCUUCAGCAGUUCUUCAACGAGCGGAUCCUGAAAGAGGUCAGAGCCGCCGCCGCCGCCGCACAGCUGCCUCCCAUUCACCGCGUUCCCAUCUGA